AAAUCCGCCUGCGUCACGUGCCAGCCGGGUGGGCGUGGCGGGGUUGCCCCGUCCGGAAGCUUUUGCCGCCAGCCUUUCUUUACCCGCCGCUGCUGCCGCCGCCGCGCUAGUUCUUCUUCUUCCCUCGCCGUCCGCCACCUCCCUUAGUCUGCUGGCGUCAGAGCGCACUGGAGCGCAGCCUUCGCCAUGGCAGCGGCGACGACCAUGAACCCGGACCUGCGCAAAGAGCGCGAGGGGGCUUCCUUCGACACGGAGAAGCUCACCAACGUCUUGGACGGAGGCGCGGAGCGGACCCGGCGCCGCAAGGAGAUCGGUGAGAGCAGCCGCUUUGGGUGGGUCGGAAGAGCGGCGGCGGCUGCUGCCAUUCUGGACCCGGGAGGUGGGGGUUUAGUAGGAUGGUGGGCGCGCCUCCUUCUCCUCCUCCUCCUCCUCUGUGUGCAGCUACUACCUGGCCGUGGUAAUUUGAUUCGUUAUCAAAUUAGGGGUGUCCUCCGCGCCCCGCGAUUCCACAAAUCCUUCUCUUUUCAGAUUGUGUCAUUGCACCUUGUCUCAUUUGGAACGCGUCUCGGCAAGCAUGAAUCCUCUUCAGGCAGAGACCAAUUAAAACGAUACCGUAGUAAUUAAGCGUUAACUGCAACCUUAGAGAUUAAAUACCAACCGUUCAUUUUCAUGCCAAAAAGGGGGAAAAUAAUAAACGGCGCGGCGCCUAGGAGAAAUAGACCGUUCAAAGAUGUUGUUGUUAAAAAGAAAAGAUUUAAAAGGCAUUGGAAGGAGAGAAACAAAGUAUACACCUGCUGCGGAAAUGCUCUUAAUGUAGUUGCCCGGUGAGUCCGGUUGCGGAAGGCAUUCCCUAAGCGGAUGCAGUUGUUAAAAACUAGAUUUGUGUGAAUAAGUAGUACAGUAGUUCUGAACAAGGGUGCUUCCCUCACCAUUGUUUUUAGACGGUUGUCUGUGUGAUCUCUGCUGCAUGCAGUUUUUCUAAGUGCUUGCAUUUAAAUAACUUUUUUAAUUUUAAAAUAACUUGUCCACUUAAUGGGGCAUUUUUAAUAAAAGGGGGAUUAAUUUGACUAGUGGCUUGAUGGUACAAGGUAGCUUCCUAUGUUCUGGUCUAAAUGUUGCACAACACAAUUCUAACACCCACUCCCAUCCCUACCUAUGAUCCUGGCUGGGGUGGUGGAUUAGGAUGAUGUCUAGGUUUAUCUCCUCUGGUGUCUGCUGAUGGAGAGAACCACUACUGGUGAAAGCAUUACCUUGCAAAGCAGGUCCUGGAUUUUUCCAUAUGGGUAGUAAGGUACCACCAAUGGUAGAGUGUAGAAAUUCCCAGAACAAGGUGUUGUGGGGUGCUGCUGUCUUUGGAUCCUCAAGGGACUUGAUUGCUGGGUCCCUUGGCAACACUAGGUUGAACCUGUGUAGGAAAUAGUUUCUUUAAGCUCCUGCAGGCAAAAGCCAACAGACAUCAGAUGCAGCAGCAAAUCCACUGCUCUACUUCUUCCAGUGUCCUGAUUUGGAUUGCUCUGGUAGACUACUAUUGUUACUAACCAGUGAGUUCAGUGAGGUGACAUUUCAACCAUGGCUCUCCUAGGUUGCAACUCAUUCUCCUAGCCACGGUGCUGUGCUGUAAUUGUGAAUAGGAAAGCAGGAAGCCAUCCCAGAUUUACCCAAUACAUUUGGUUUCAUAAGGAGACUAAGCAGAGUGAGAAUGUGGCAGGUGGCACCUGGGAGAUACCAGUUGCUACAUUCUCCUGAAUUCUUGCCCUUUCUAAGGGCAUGUAAGGGCACUUCAUUUGCUUUCUAUGCUUGUUGCAUCUUUUGAAUUUUGUUAAUUAAUUAUUAUAACCCCAGUGCCAUCCUUAUAAUCUUUAACACAGUUUGGAGUUGUCUUAUGGUCUUUUCCAUGUUAGGAUGUACAAAGAUGGCCUGCUGAUGGUAGCAAUGACGAUAGCAAGCUGCCCAAACACAACAGAUGCAUGCCCCACUAUUUGUGCCACUCAAAGCAAUUUGUCACCUUUAUGUCUUGAAGUUGUCAACAGUUUAUCAGUAGUGAAGCCACAACAUAGAACCAGCCUUAUAUCAUUUUUUUAAAGGAAUAUGUCUUGACUUAGCACUGAAUUUCUCUUUUGACUUCUCUACAGAAGCACUUGUGACAAACGACCCAGACUUCAAGCACAGUGAUGUAAAUUUCCUCUCCCGCAGCCAGCGCUAUGAAGUUGCUAUCAGGAAGAGCGCUCUUAUGGUGAUGAAGCUAAGAGAAUAUGGAAUUGCAGAUCCUGAUGAGAUCUACUGGUUUAAAAGGUACAGAAAUCCAGUGCAAGGCACAUAAAAUAGCAGGUGCUCCUGUAAAGACAAGGGCAGUUGUUCUUCAUUCUGUCAUGGAUUGAAAGGUUAAGGACACUGGAAAGUCAUCAGAAGUUGCCAGCUGAUUGUAAGGAUUACCUGAGUAAAACCUCCUGGAAUUGAUAUGCAACUUCAUGCUCAUUUUGAUAAGGCAACAUUUCCUAAGGCUAUAAAAAUAGUCCUUUUUACGUUCUGACCAUGAAUAAUGUCAAACUGUAAGCUAUUGAAGGCUGGGAGCUACUUUCCAAAGUAUCGGUAUGAAUCUAGACUGCAGAUAAAGCUAUUAAGUUAGCAGUAUAACUGUAAGAUACUUUUUAUUUCCUUGACCACAUCUUCCUCCACUAAGGCCUUUCCAUGUUGAAAUAGAUUGGAAAGGGUUAAGCAUUCUUUUAAUCUGCAUUAGAUGAUUGGGCACUAUUGAAGUUCCAAAGAUGAAGUUUACAACAUGGAAGACUGCCAGCUUGCUGUGAACUUAAUCUUGCAGAAUGUUACAUGACUUUUGAACCCAUGAAAUUAACUUGGUUUAAUCAUUGUUAGCUAGAUGUUGUUGUUUUUUAUUCCUCUUUGAAGAUUGCUGAAUGCAUAGGUCUUGAAGCAGGAUUGCAAGUCUUUCCUCUGAAAUAGUUUAAUAGUUGGAACUGUUGAUGUCAAAUGGGUUGCUCUGGCCUACUCAAACUUCCAUUUAAAAAACUCUGGGAAGGAUGACUUUGCUAUGAUGUUGCAAUGUGCCCGUGCUAGUUGUUUCAUACAGCUGGUUACUGUUUGCAACAGAAACAAAUCUCUCUUAAGUAAAGCAGUGUUGGCCAAUUAUUCUUGCAAUUGUGUCGCAAGCCAACUUAAAAGUAUUUUAUUGUGCCACUCUAGCAUAAACAUAGCUCCUUUUUGCCUUGGUUGGAAUCCCCACCCCGGGUUUUGUGAGACAGGGUACAGCCAGAAAUUCAGCACUGGACAGGGAGGCAGGAGUGCAGGCCUGACCUGCUCAGAGCCAGGCCUGUCAACACCUUGCACUGCAGGCUGGCUGCCUCAGAAGUGGCAGCUGACUGGCAGAUCAACCAACUAUAAGAAGCAAUAAAAGUGUCAAAGUCCUGAGAUCCUGCAAGAUAGAACCACAUUUUUUGUACUGACCUUGCUUCUGGCCCAGUUUGGACCUUGUUUAAUUUGCCACAUUUGCAGUAAGGAAGAUACUUCUCUCUAGACCAGAGUGGUGAGAUUCUGCUGUGUUUCUGGCAUUCUACAGUUCACUUUCUUGGAGUUAGUGCCUUGUGAAACUUGUAACUCCAGCAUGAUUUCUGUUAAUCCCUCUCCUGUGCUUGCGGCAUAAUUUAUUCUAAAGGGUAUGAUCUGAUCAGAUGUGUCAAGUGAAAGAACUUUCAUUUCUUUCAGCCCUGCUAUUCUGCAUCAGUUCUAUAAGUAGAAUGGCGUCUGGAGUUUAGAGAUACUAGGAAAUCAUUAAUACAAGUUGCUAAAUAAAUAAAAAAACUACAUCGCUGUGCAAUAUAGUACCUUCUUACAUUGAUGUGCUAUAUUCUGAAUUCUGUUCUAUUGAGUAACAUACUAAUUUGUACUGCUUUUUAAGCACUCCUGUUUUAUGAAUCGGGUAGCUAACACCACCCCUUUAAAGUUUAAACCUUAAACUAUUGAAUGAUGCAGCUACUUAUAUCUGUGGGCAGAAGCUUUUCUCCCCCUGCCCCCUGUGCUUAUGUAAUUGUGACGGGGCAGGUUGAAGUUCAGUACACGGGCAGAAGUCAAGUGGGUGGAGCUUGGUUUCCUUUUUACCAGUUAACAACAGGCUUGGUCCUGUUUGUGGGAUAAAGCAUAAGGCAGGUAGCCUGCCUGGGAUAUUGCUAUUUGAUCUGCUCUCUGACUUUGAAACUUCUCGCUCACUCUUUGUUUGAGCACCAGAAUUCCCGCAUUUUAAGCAUUGUAAUAAGAGACGAAAAGUAGUUUAGAAAUCCAAACCCAUUAUUUUGCCUAGCCACAGAAUCUUUUUAGCAGCACUGGGAACUUAGCGCGUCUCUUCUCUCUCCCCUUAAAAAAUAAAAAAGCAUCAAUAAUGCCUGAAAAUGCAUAAUCAGUGUUUUGUUUUGUUUGGGGCUCAGGAAAUGGAUUAGCUGAGCUCACUAGUUAGGCAUGUUCAUUCUGCUCAGCUCCCUCUCCCAGCCCUUAGUUCAUCUCUUCCCUUCCCAGUGCCUAAAAAGAUAAAGGUACCCCUGCCCGUACGGGCCAGUCGUGACCGACUCUGGGUUUGCGCGCCCAUCUCGCUUAAGAGGCCGGGGGCCAGCGCUGUCCGAGGACACUUCUGGGUCACGUGGCCAGCGUGACGAAGCUGCUCUGGUGAGCCUGCACCAGCGCAGCACACGGAAAUGCCGUUUACCUUCCCGCUAUAAAGCGGUACCUAUUUAUCUACUUGCACUUAGGGGUGCUUUUGAACUGCUAGGUGGGCAGGAGCUGGGACCGAACGAUGGGAGCUCACCCCGCCACGGGGAUUCGAACCGCCGACCAUACGAUCGGCAAGUCCUAGGCGCUGAGGUUUUACCCACAGCGCCACCCACGUCCCAGUCCCAGUGCCUAUGCAUCUUCUAUUGUCACAAUUUCCUGUGCAGGAACCACCACCACCAACAAAAUCAAGUAAGCCAUCUAGUUGUCUAGUAGAUAUACUUGAGACUGUUCCUAAUCUUCCACCCAAAUCCUCCCAUUCUGUAUGACUAGUGCAACUGCAUUCAGAAUAUUAUAUAUACAGUACUUUAGAAUGCCACAUAUAAUAAGAAUAUAGCAAAAUGAUAGUGGUUGAAAUGCCUUUAUCAGGAACGGCAUUUUGUAGCACAAUCCUAACCGCGUCUAGUCAGAAGUAAGUCCUACUGAACUUAAUUGGCCAUACUCCCAGGUACGUGCUACAUCCGCUUAUCUUGUGUAUUUUCUUAUAAGUACAAAAAAAAGAAGGUAAGUCAAUAUGUCAUGUGACAGUGUGAGUAACUCAUCUGUUUAGCUUUGGGCCCAGGAGGAAUUGUCAGGUGACUAACUGGAAGGGCUUGUAUUACAUUACGUACCCAACUGAAUUAUUACUGUGGCAAAGUUAACUGUUUGAAAGGGCAGCGUGGCCAAAGUCAUCUGUUGGUCCCACUGUUUCAAGCCAAAUGCUGAUUCAAAAAGUUGCUGAAUUAACUUAUCAGCAGGGCAGCGCUUGCACCUUCUCAGUCUAAUCUCAUAAGAUAAAUUGCUGGAUGCUCAUCUUUUGGGGGUUUUUUGUACAGCAGCCAGAUUAUGCAAGAGAGUGCACUUUGCCUCUUUGCUUCUUUCAUCAUAAGGCUUUGGUGUAGCUUACUAUUUUCCCACAGCUCAUUAUGUGGGUGGCUGUGAAAAUAGUAAAAUAUUUCUUUUCUCACCCUCUUUUCUCCCCACCCUACCCUUUGGGGCUUCUAGUAGUUUGGAGAACUAAGAUGAUCAUCUUUAAACAGAAUAAACAAGAAGGUAGAACAAAAUGGCAUCUAAUGUUGUUAUUUUUCCCCUGCUUGCAAUCCAAAUUGUUUUGAUAAAAGGAAUUCCUGAUAGCAGAUAGAAGGAUGAGAGUUUCCAAUCCUUUAACAUUAUGGCAGCUUUUUCACUUGUCCAGAAAAGGGAAUGUCUUCUUCUGUUUCAAGAGUUCUUCACAUCCUGCAGAAUGUUGAAUAUGAAAUCAAAAGUGCUGUUCAGCGAAGGAGAAGUGCAUUCAAGUGCCUUCUGCUAGUAACCAAAGUUUAGAGCACACAAUAUCAUUUUUCACCCCACUUGUUCCUACAUUAAGAAAAACGUUAGGAGGUGGACAUUUUCUAAUCAAGUGGACUGAACAACUAAUGUUGCCCUCUAUGAAAUAGAUGAUCAAACUAACUACUAUUUCCCUCCUUGUAAUAGAUGGCCAUUGCUGGUUGCCCAGUUGUGGUGGGCUAUAAAUGAAAAUUUGUAUCAAACCAUUCUCUUAUUUUGAUAGAGGCCUUGAUUCCUUAGGGUUGUACUAUGUAAAAUUGUAUCCAGGUCAUUAUGGAAAACACACAAGUUGAGGUUUUUAUUUUCACGUUGAGGUGUCUGGAGGGCCUAUUUAUAUCCUUUAACAAAUUUUACUCCCAGGCGAGCAGCAAGUGUGUAACAUAUAUAAGCACCUGCCCUUUAACGAUAACAUCUGCUCUUUAAUGACUUUAUAGCAUUUUCACCCCGCUCGCCCUUGCUGUUCAGCUGACAAGGUUUCCAGAGCAGCUGAUAUGAAAUCAACAAUGACAUAAAAACAAUCUAAAGCUGUGUGAGAUCUUUAAAAUUGCCUAUUUAAGAUGGUGGCAAUGAUGGCAUUUUGUGUCAUGAUCAUUAUCCCCGCCUGCUCAUAGGACAGCUGGUUCUACCAUACUCUGUAGGAAGGAGGAGCCCAGUUCCAAGUGGUGAUGUAGCUUUAGGCUGAGGUGGCAAUGAUUGCAGUUAAUUUGAUUUAUUUGUUGCUGGCUUGCUCCUGGACUCUGUUCAAAGACCCGGUGUUCACCGCCUUUAAAGUUCUUAAUGCUCUGUGGCCAGGAUACUUAAGGCAGCUCUUUCAUCCCUAUUUACCUUACAACCACUAAGUUCUGAGCAUAAGAACCUUCUGGCAAUCCUCCCAUCUGUUCUACUGGUAGCCAAUGCUAAACCUACCUUUUCAGCAGCAGGCAUGAGUAAGCUUAGAAAUUUACUUCACAGCAUGGUGUGACAGGUUUACUAGCGUAACUCUUAAUUCUGAGGGGGGAGGGCAAUUAACUAUAUAUUGUAACUAGUGUCCUGAUGGUUACCUUGAUACCUGAACUUCACUUUCAUUUCCCCUCUCCUUAUAGUUUUAUUUGUACUGUUAAAAAAUGUUUAAUUGUACUCUGCUUUGAGAGUUUGACAAGAUUAAAAAUAACCAAAAUAAAUAACAUGAAGCGUGGUCACACACUUAGCAGAAUAUUCAACUUCCCUUUCCCUUUCUGAAGCAGCUUAUCUCAAAGUAUGAAGUGCAGUCUAGGUGUCCUUGGCAGGAUGAAAACAAAACAUUUAAGUGGUAUCAAACGAAAUGAUUCUACUAGGACACAGACUUUUAGCUGGGCAGUGGAACUUCCCUCUUACCUUGCACCCCAUAAAUUUGCGCUGGAGGGGUAGGGGAAACUCCUAGAACAGAUUUAGGGGGCAUAUAGGGAGAGAAGUGGUGGAGAUGUUUCAUUCGGCAGUUCUUGUACAAGACAAACUGUUUAGUUGGAUAGUGCCUGCUCACUCCAGUGAGUGGCGUUCUGCAAACUUACUCUGCUGAAGUGUCACAGUGGUGCAGACAAAACAAUAGUAGUACAAUCUAGUGCUGAUUUAUAAAAACAAACUUUCCGGUGGGAAGCUCACUCUGCAAAUUGACUGCCUUCAGCAACAUGCCUUUUAACACUCCUUUGUAAUGCUUGUUAAACCCUGUUUUCAUGUUGCACCCACAGUCCUUGUCUUCCCAUUUUCUUUGUCUUCAAAUAGCCUUGUCAGCAUAAACAGCAUCCUGUAUAAGCUCCAAUGUUAUUAAAGUAAUAAUUGCAAACUAGAUGAGACAAAGCUUGAUAAUGGCAGAAUUUGGGCUCUUCUGAUGUAUUUGAAGCUUUGAUAGGGCUGGGGAGAUUUGCCUUAAAACUUUGCUGUGGGGAGGAAGAAAGCUACGGUCAGGAUUUUAAGAAAUGCCUUGGCUGUUUAGGUGCGGAUGGGUAGAAGCACCCUUUGUGCAUGAAUGGUAUAGGUUUUGAAUUUGAUGUCACUGCAUUUUAUAAACUUUUUUUCAUAUACAGUAGUUCAUUUAUGCCUUUCCUGUUGUCAUUACUGGUAUAUCUAAAAUCUUUAAAAGUAUGAAAAGGCUGGAAGAUUUAGGGGGUAUACGACUACGGAAAAAUGGAGGGAGGAAAGCCUUGUUGGAUUCUAGAAAAAUAACAGCUACAACCUAAUCUGCCAUCUCUCUCUCCCAUAGUGUGUGCAUGGGUGCAUCUGUUCUGCCUCUUGGUCUGCACUACAGCAUGUUUACUCCCACCUUAGAGAACCAGUGCACUGUUGCCCAGCGAGAGAAAUGGCUGCCUCUGGCCUCGCGGUUCCAGAUAAUUGGCACCUACGCUCAGACGGAAAUGGGGCACGGUUAGUUCUUUCCAGAGACUUACGGGUGAUCCUCUGCAGUGUAACUCCAGUCCAGCAGUGAUUUUUAGGGUGAAAUGGUUGCUUUAAAAAAUACUGGAGUCAGAAUUCAGUGCAUCACCACUUCUGACUUUUCUGACAGUAACACUAUAUGCAAAGUUGUGCUCUUCACGCAUUCAAAGGCACCUCCUUGCUGUUAGCUGGUUUUAUAUCCUUGUUCUCAGAUCUUGUAUAUAAUACUUCAGUUACUCAAAGUUGCUUCCUAGAUUGCUGACAGUAGGCGUGAGUGAAUUGUUCAAUCAGCCUAGUUUUGUUUUGUUUUCAUUGUGAUGAUGCCCAGGAACAUUGCUGUAGUGUAUCUCCAACAUUCAUCUCCACUUAAGCAGCUGCCUUAAGCUUAUGUAUUAUGUAAUAGAUUGUACACGGCUCACAACCUCUGUCCAAGUUACUUUGUUGUAAGUACUUGGAUAUAGGAUGUGAGUAGUGUACAAAAGUGUGAAGCCAAAAGUGAAGUAUGGAGCAGGUGUAUUCCUUCAUGAGUAUACCAAAUGAGCAGCUGCUAACUAGUGUACUUUUGGAGCAGGAAAAAAUGUAGCAUGUAAGGACCUUGUAACACAGCCCUAUGCUGGUCUGUUGGAGAAAAUUAGUUGUCAGUAGAAAAAGCUUCUAGAUCCUUUGCGUGUUUUGUGUUAGCAGCCUUAUAUUUUAGAUACAGCUCUUCUUCUGCUGAAAUCAGUAAUUCAAUAUCCGCCACCCCCAAAGCAGUCAGGCAAGAUGAAAAAUCUUGACUGGACUUUUUUCAGGCCUUUCUGCUGCGUGAAGGAGGGCAAAGUUCUGGCCAGCAUCCAAAUGCAGCUAAUACUUGUUGGAUUAAGCAUAUCAUUUCAAUUUCAUGAACCAGAAGAACACCUCUCAAGAACAAGAUGAACAGGACAAAAAACCCACAUCAAGAAUAUGAAUAUUUUCUUUUCCCUUUUAGCCACUACUCUUCUGUGGUAGGCAGUUUUUAAAAAGCACUAAUCUCUUAUCACUUAUGGGAGUAUCCUGAGCUUAUCAAAGCCCAAUACUACUUUUAUGACUUAGUCUGGAUUGCUUGAAUACUAUACUUCCCUUUUAAAGAAGAAAUGGAAUCUUUCAAGAAGAUGGAGAGUACAUGGAUGAGAAUGAAAACCUCUGGUUCCUAAUUCAUAAUCUUCAAUCAAACCCGGAGAAUGGUGUCUCCGUUGAGAGCUGGGUUAUAUGAUGAAUCUGCUGUUAACUAUUUGAAGUCUUGCCUUUUGCAAAUGAACAUUCCGCAUUGUUAUGGUAUACUUCACAUCACCAUUUGAAUUAACGGUACCGCCUCUCAAGCAAAUAGUUUAAAGGCCAGAAGCUGCAAAAUGAAUGGAACAUCCUGUGAAUAAGCAAAUCAUUGUCACACUCGUUUGUCUACCCCUUCCCUUGAGACCUUGUCUGUGGAUGUGAUUAUUUAUUUAUUUUUGCAUGCUGUGUUUUACUACUUUCCCUGUCUCUGUGUUGAUGUGUAAUACUUGUUGUAUUCUGUCAACUAACCAGUGUCUUGAUGAUGAUUCAGUCGUGCUGUCACCAUCGAUUGUUGUGUGUGGUGGUGGGGCAGUGCAGUUCCCGCUUAACAUUUCAGAUGAUGAUUCUUCAAUAGCAUGUGUGUUCUAGGAUUACAUCUGUUGGGUGGUGGAUGACUUGCUGAACCUGCAUUGCAUUAGGAUGGAGGCACUACUUAAAACAAUAAUCUGUACUGGAGCUGGUGUGGCAAGAACUUGAUUUUUAGGGGAAAUCUCUCUACAGGUAAUAUUCCAGCAUUCUUCAAUGGUGCAUGUGAAGUAAACUCUUCUAGACGAUUUAGAUGAACAAAAUGCCCAAAUUUUAAAAUCCUGGUAUUUUUGCAUUAGCUAUAGGUUUGCUAGUCCAAGUGAGAACGGAACUCUUCAUUUGGUUGCUGGAUCCCUGCUCCAAAUGGCAGCUCUGGACCCUUUACCAUUUUGCUACUUCAGCCUGCUCUCCAUUUUUCUUCUCCUGUGUGGUGCCCUGGCGUAUUGGAGCUCCACUUGCGUAAACAGAGGCGAUGAAGCAGCUCUGUGCUUUGGAGUGGAAACCUGCAUGAUUGCUUCACUUGUAAAAUUACAACACUGAACAUUGCUGUCUAAAAAUUGACUUUUCUAUUCCCUCUGCUGUAGAGAGGUGUCUGUCCCCAAUAGAUGGAGACACUACAUGCCGGUCUUUUUAAUACUGUUCUCCUUUUUUUCAACUGCAAAGGCAGCCACACAUAUAUAACUUGCUAUGGAUUAAUAAUGUAGUGUGUUGUUGCACUAUCCCCAUAGUGUUGGAAGGGAUUGGUUAACUUUAUGAUAAGCAAACUCCUAACCGUCCCUCAACUCAGUGGUAUGUGAAGCUAGGACAUGUUGUACUAAGUUUUAUUGCUGGUAUUAACAAUACAGUUAGUACAUGCCAUUGUGGGAUGUACAUCCUUAGUUGUGGUUCAGGUUUCACUAGCAUGAGAAAAUUGCCACACAAUCAGCUUAAAACAUCUUGAUGCGCUUAUAAUAAAUAAAGUACCGUCGUACUCCCAUGAGUCCCAUCCAACAUGGCCAAUGGCCAGGGAUUAUGGAAGUUGUAGUCCAGAACAUCUGGGGGACACCUUGUGGAAAAUGUUGUGAAUUGCUUUGCAGUGGAAAAGCAGGCUAAAAAUAUAAAUAUAUAAGUGGGACCUGAAACAAAGUAUUGCUGUGUGACGUGCUCCCUGGUUAGGAUUCCAGGAGUUCCAUUCACCCUCCCACCUGUGUUGCCAGUCCUCUCCCACCCCAACAGUUAGUAUUUUGUUUCAGUUAAGCAUGCUCUGUCCUCACUGAACUCUUUGGGGAUUUCACAAUUUUUUAAGCCCUUCUGCAAAAGAGAGGGAGAGAGAUUUAGGAAUCUAAGUUCCCCCAAGCCUACUGAUGCCUUCUUCAUGGCUGGCACUGUUUUAACUAUACAGCAGAAGUGCUCCUAACCUGGAUAUAUAAAAUAGAGGGGAUAAUAAAUAGUACUUUGAGUUUUCAGAGGGCUUUACACCCAUUACUGCAGUACUCCCCGCAGAAACCUUGCGAACUAGGCCUGUUAUCAUUUCCAUGUUGCAGAUGGGAUGUUGUGUGUGUGUGAAAGAAUAAUGGCUUGUUUAAGGUCCUCUAGUGAGUACAGUACAUGGCAGAGGUAAGAUCUCACCAGGGUUGAUUUUGCUCACAUUUCUAGUCACUGCACCAUUUAAUGCAACAGGUGAAAUGAGCACUGCGCACCAAGGUGUGUUGGAUGGGGUGCUGGUAUAGGAAUACCUUAAGUAUAUAAUGCUGCCUUCUGGAUCAGAACAUUAUGGAACUUAAAUGUGGUGACUGGAUUAUCAUAAGGAAGCAUGUUUUGUUGCGUUUUGGGUGACCUUUGCUGGUGAUGGCUCACUGGUUAUAAAUGUUGGCUGUUGAUACAAAGCUAUGGAGCUGUUCACUAGCUUUGAUUGCUGAUUCAGAGCACCAUACUUUUCUGGAUGGAUAGUCUGCAACAAACUGGAGUAAAAGAAAAUAAAACAGUUGACAAACAGGUUUGCUUUGAACAAGAGUAAACCAGUUUGGAUUUUAUGACUACACUCUCCCCCCGCCCCCCGGAACAUGAAUUGGGUAAGGAUGGAUUGCUGUCAACCCAAUGUAAAACAUUCCUUAUCUGAUUUGGUCCCAAGCCACUCCAGUUGUAAGACAGGCGGUUAUUUUAUUUUCAGUGUUUUAUUCCUUUUGAAUACACUUCCAAGAGGCAAAGAGGACCUGUUUAAAAAGGGGGCUGGGCUCUCUCUUGCCCUCCUGCCGCAAUAGAAGAUCUAUUGGACCUUGGGUCCUAUUAUUGACAUAAAUAUUAGUGUGCCUUGGGAAAAGAAUGAUGCUCUGGUAAAAGUGUGCUUUCUAAAUUCUUUAUUCAUAUAAAAUUAUUUUUGUCUUCCCCCCUCCAAUCUGCACCUCUAAUCUCACCUGCUUUAAUCCUGUAACACCCCUUCACAUUCCCUUCCCUCGGCAUUUCUUCACAGCUCUGCUCACCACGGACGACCUGAGCCUCUGGACCUCCACCUGGGCAUGUUCCUACCUACUCUCUUAACCCAGGCAACCCAAGAACAGCAGGAUCGCUUCUUCAUGCCUGCUUGGAACUUGGAGAUCAUUGGCACAUAUGCCCAGACAGAGAUGGGCCAUGGUACAGUACUUUCAAGUCUUAUUUGCGAGUGUAGUACAGUGGUACCUUGGGUUACAAAUGUUUCGGGUUACAAACACUUCAGGUUACAAACUCUGCUAACCCGGAAGUAGUACCUCAGGUUGAGAACUUUGCCCCAGGAUGAGAACGUAAAUUGCGUGGCGGCACUGCGGCGGCGGCAGCAGGAGGUCCCAUUACCGAAAGCACUCCUCAGGUUAAGAAUGGUUUCGGGUUAAGAACGGACCUCCGGAAUGAAUUAAGUUUGUAACCUGAGUUACCACUGUAUUUCUGGGUAAGAGAUGUUGAGCAAAAGGCAUGGGGGCAUUUUCCCUUCCAGUCUAGGAUUCUUCAGACUGUCUGAUUCACAGCCAAGGAGUUUCCUCUAUAUGAAAUGCAGACACAUCUUCGUUUUUCUCGCAUGAGCAUAUACAUUUGUUGAGAAUACAUACAUCAACUUUCAGAUUACGUGUUAUGAUUGCAUAUGUGAGCUUGCACAAAGCAAUAUCAAUGAUUCAGCAAAUAAUCUUGAGCAAGAAACGUGAAUUUUCUUUGACAAAGCCGUCUUUACUUUAAAUCACAGUUCAAAAGUGAUCUGAGAGAGAGAGAUGCAUCUUUCCUAACAGUCCUGUAUCAUCAUCAACAACAACAGCAACAACUUUUAAACUUAGAUGCUUUUGUAGGAAACAUAUUGGCUUUUAAAGCAGUAGGUUCACCACAUCUAAAUAGGAUAAUGGCUUUUGCAAUAACAGCUAGAAUCCCCCUUUGGUGGACUCUUCUACUCAAUGUAGCCUCUAAUUUAAAUAAACUUUGGUUGUAGCUCUUGUGUGUUUGACAAAAUCCUGGCUUCUGCAUCCUUGUAAGGCUUCCCAGUUAACUAGAGACAUUUCAGCUUUUAGUACAAACUGAAAUCAGGAGUUCAUAGGCUUUUGAAGAUACAGCAAAAGGAUAUUAAUCCAGAUCCAUUCUCUUUUGUGAGAUACCACGUAUCUACACCUAAGGAAAAGGAAACCUUCUCUCCAGUUUUUGAAGUAUCAUUGGAAACUUCCAAAUGGUAAAUGUUCAUGUUGGUGUGGCACAUUGCAAGAUACUACUUACGCUUCUAAUUUUAAGGUUAUGAUGUGACAAUGUUUCUGGGUGUGUUUGAGGUGCUCUCUUGUUUCCCUCAAUGCGAGGCUGCAAUUAGGCAAAGAGCUCUCAAUGUGCAAUGUGUGGUGAUCUCUAUCACAUGGCACCUCAGUCAGUCUCCAGGCCCAUCUGACUUUUGCCAUACUUGACGUUUUCUUCUUGAAGAUGGGAAAACCAAGUUUCAUUGAGAUACUAAAACAACAGAUCAUUUUCUCCUUAUUUAGGAACUGUCCCAAGAAAUUGCUUAUACUCAGUGUUCAUUGGGCCUUUCCUGCUAGCAGUGGUCCUCAUCAGUUGUUAGAUGAUUCUCUCCCCCCCCCCCCCUUAUUUAGCAAGUUAGUUUUGCUUCUGGCUAGAAAGCCUAGAAUUUACUCUUCAGCGACACUAGGAAAGUCCAGCUUCUUUUUGCAGACUGUGUCCAAAACAAUUUAAGUCAUCUAAAUAGCUUCCAGUUUCCCCACACGCUCCCUAAGUGACAGAAAACAUAUUAUUUUUGGAGUUCCAGUUAAAAACUUCAAGAUUAGUAAUUCUCAUGGUCCCCUCUGCAGAGUGGCAGAGAAGGCCACUGAUGCUCAAAAGGCAAGAGGCCUAGAAAUUUGUAUUCAGAAAAUCAAAAUCUGUAAGGAAUUAGACUAUUAAUUCCUCCAUUUCUUUAGAUAAUGAGAGAUGGAGCUAAUGUAACAUUACAAAUAGCCCACUUUUUAUAUUAAAUUGUAGGAUUUCAGUGGCAUAGAAUAGGGGAAAGCUGUGAGAGCUGUCUCACAGUUUACAUAGGUUUCCCUGCUUGCUCACGUUUAGAUAAUUUUUUACAAGUCAGAGCAUUCCAGUAAGAGUUUGUCUGCAAGCCUAUACAAAACAGAUUGUUUGUAAACUAUUAGAUGUGCACAGGGAAAGGCCACCAGAAGAUAGAUGCCUGCAUCUCUCCCUCCCUCUCUCUCUCUCUCUCUCUCUCUCUCUCUCUCUCUUUCUCUCUUUCUUUCUUUCUCUCAGGCUCAGAUGUGGGAACAUUUAUCUUCUAAAGGCCUCUGAGGCAGAUGGUUGUUUCAUUUUGAUAGAAUGAGAAAAAAUGAGCAGGAUUGUCAACCAUAAUCAAAGGCAGAACUGUGCCCAAGUCUGAAUUUAGGUCAGUGUUUGAUAACUAAAGACUGCAGAGGGCUAGUCAACCAAGCAGAGGGCCUUCUCAGCAGUGGCGCCCUCCCUGUGGAACACCCUGCCAUCAGAUGUCAGGGAGAUAAAGAAUUACACAAAUUUUAGGAAACAUUUGAAGGCAGCCCUGUUCAAGGAAGUUUUUAAUGUCUGGCAUUUUAUUAUUGUUUUAUAUUUUGCUGGAAGUCGCCUGGAGUGUCUGGGGAAACCCAACCAGGUGGGCAGGGUAUAAACAAUAAAAUUAUUAUAAUUAUUAUUAAUAUUAUUAUUUAUUCAUGUACACGUCUUACUGCUGCAACCAGUGGUUGAGCACAUUCCCUUUUUUAAAUGCUAAAAGCUGGAGGGGUGUAUCUAUAGUUUUGCUCUAGAACAGGCUAGCAUACAAGGUUCCCCAGUUCCCAUCAGUCUCAGCCAACAUGGCCAAUCUUCAUGGGUUAUGGGAGUUGUAGUCCAUCAUCUGGUGAUACCAGGAUGUCUACCCAGGCUCUGGACUUCACAAUUUGCUAUGCAAUUGGCCAAACACAUAUCUCAGUGUAUAAUAAUAAUAAUAAUAAUAAUAAUAAUAAUAAUAAUUUAUUUAUACCCCGCCCAUCUGGCUGGGCUUCCCCAGCCACUCUGGGCAGCUUCCAAAAGAAUAUUAAAAUACAUCAAACAUUAAAAGCUUCACUUUAAAAGCUUCAAACAUUAAAAGCUUCUUGCUCAGCAUUGCCAUGUAUCUGCUUCAAUUUUUGAAAAAAAGUACCCAGUAUACCUUAAAUGCGCUCUGACUCUUUCAAAAACCAAAUCCUUCACAACUUUCUCAGAACCUAGAAAGCACAAUCAGCCUAUAACCGAUUCAAGGAACUCAUAUUGCCAUGAAAUAACCCAGUUUGGGUCACCUGGAACCUUCUGUGGAAGCUCAGUUGCUAUUUUGACAUAAGCAGCCUUCAAUUCCUCCAUUUCCUUGAGCCAUGAGAGACAGACACAACACCUGUUAGGCUUCAUUGCUUACUUUGAAAAUGAUGUGUGUCCAGCAACAGCUAUGAAGAAGAUGAUGGCUGUGGGGGUGGAAAUCAAAAUGAAAAUCAGCAUGGAUGAAGCAGUUGUUGAAGAUUUCAGCCUAUGAGGAUUUUCGUGCAACACACAAGCAGAAUAGCCAUUCUGCCAGCCGGACUUUUUGUUCUUAGCAUAGCACAGCAGCUCCAUCCAUCAAGUUGACAUGCAAGUCAAAAAUGUUGCACGACCGCUGGUGCACACUUAACAUUGCAACACAAACAGGUGCACAGAUAAUGAAUUGGGAAAUGAGCUUUUAUUAAGAUGCAUGUUGAAGAUUACAGGUACAACUGUGCCCAUCACUUGCACAACAAUGGAACUCUCCUUCUUCUUGCCCUGUCAUUAUAUUGGAUCACUCAGUAUCUGGAUUUGAGAAAAUACCUUCCUCACAUGAAUGGUGAUGAUCGGGAGCAGAAUUCAAUUAUUGUGCUUCUCUCUUUAAUUCACCUUAUCAGGUACUUACGUUUUACACUCUGCACACAUGCUUUAGUGACAAGUAAGCAAGAAGUCGUGAGCAGUGAAAACCUCUUGGCUGUAAAACCAGUGAGCUUUCAGGAUGGAGGUGCCUAAAAGUGGAAUGAUCUAAUUUGCAAUCUUUUAUUGGUGUUGUGAUCAAAGGAAGAGUGGCAUACUUCCUGCUAUUCACACAUGCAGUUUAUUUCUUUCGUAAUGUGUCAUCUACUUCCCAUUGUGUAACUAUAAUUUGCGAUAAAUGUUCUGCUUUUGCAUUACCUAUAUAGUUGCAUUGCCUCUGGAGUUCACUGAAAAAAAUGUAUGUGUCCAUGUUGUUGUAACCUGUGACUGUUGAAAUAAGAUGUGCUACGUGUCUACAGGAACUCAUCUCCGAGGACUGGAAACCACAGCUACAUAUGAUCCUGCUACCCAGGAAUUUAUCCUAAAUAGUCCAACUGUGACUUCUAUUAAAUGGUGGCCAGGUGGAUGUAAGUGAAUUAUUUCAACUUUGAAGCUAAAGAAGGAAUUUUCUCCUCAUGCAGUCAAAUAUUUUAUAAGAGGGUGAAGUCAGUUAACGUUUUAAAAAUACAACUCUGUGUACACACACACACACACACACACACACACACACACAGAAACGUUUUUGAUUUUGUUUUAGGGCCAGAUUGUGAAACCAACAUUUUAAAAUUCACAACCACACAUGAAUAAAUGUUUUUGUUAUAGCACUACUGCUUUUCUCAUGUUAGAGGAAGUGAUGUUACGUUGGAAAGGCUUGGUCAGUUUUAAUUUAUGAUUUUGGGAAACUCAUUUUUGGUUAUUGGGGCAGAACUUGAUUACCUUUAUAUUUUUAAAAGUCUUGUGAGUGCAUUAAACAAAGCCACUAUUUAGCAACCUAAAUUGGGUGCUUCUGGAACUGUAUAGUGAAGCUACCAAUUGUUUACAUUUGUUUUCCUUCCCUCCCUGCAGUGGGUAAAACAUCAAACCAUGCCAUCGUUUUGGCUCAGCUUUACACCCAAGGCAAAUGCCAUGGCUUACAUGCUUUCAUUGUGCCGAUACGUCAGUUGGGGACUCAUGAGCCAUUGCCAGGUAUGGGCAUCCUAUUUUGGAGAAUGGGAUAAUGCCUUAUUAGUCACUUUCUAGCUAUGUAGUAUGCUGUAACUCAGGGGUUGCUAAUUCAUGACCUGUGGGCCAUAUGCAAAGGGGUUUCUUUCUUUUUUUAGAGGUGGAGACGCAUAAUAUUGCCAUUAAAAGUAUAUUAUAAAAAUUAUUGUUCCUAUGGGUCCUGUUACCUUAAUACAAAAAUGUUUUUUGUAUCCCCAAGAUCUCCAGAAUUUCUCCUUUUACUUUUAUUUUAUUUUUUUUUAAAUUAAGUUAAUGAAUGAUAAAGGGUGUAAAAAUAAUGUGGAAAAGGUGGUGAGGAAAGUCUUUUUGAAGACACACUUCAGCUCUUUGACACUUGUAGCUGUUUAAUAUUGUGGCAGAAGGUAUUUCUAUUAAUGCCUCAUUUUGGCUUUUCAUUAAAACUCUGCCUCUUUUUCUUAUCCUUCCAUUAUAACAUGUUUGUUAGGUAUUACUGUUGGUGAUAUUGGACCAAAAUUUGGUUAUGAUGAAAUGGAUAACGGUUACUUAAAAAUGGACAACUUUCGCAUUCCUCGGGAAAACAUGCUUAUGAAACAUGCCAAGGUAAAUCAUUAUGUUCUCUUUGCUUUUUUUGUAUUGAUUUGUGGAAUUACCAGUUAUUUUAGCCAACUCUAAAGAGACUAUUCCAUGUGGCGUACUAAGGUUACUUUGGCUAGAUGUUAGAAGGAUAUGUUUUCAAGAGGUAGCUGACUACUUUGUACUCAAAAGCAACCAUCUGUAAAUUGGUCUUCAAGGAAAAACAAUCAAGUCUCCAUUUAAGAUUAGCCCUAUUAUCUCUUGCUAGAGAGUUUGGAGUUCUCUACUAAUCCAUUUGCCAUUCUUGGUUAGCUCAUAAUAAUAAUAAUAAUAAUAAUAAUAAUAAUAAUAAUAAUAAUGUAUUAUUUAUACCCCGCCCAUCUGGCUGGGCUUCCCCAGCCACUCUGGGCGGCUUCCAAAAAAAAUAUUAAAAUCAAACAUUAAAAACUUCCCUAAACAGGGCUGCCUUCAGAUGUUUUCUGAAAGUCUGGUAGUUGUUAUUCUCUUUGACAUCUGGUGGGAGGGCGUUCCACAGGGAAGGCGCCACUACCGAGAAGACCCUCUGCCUGGUUCCCUGUAACUUGGCUUCUCGCAGUGAGGGAACCACCAGAAGGCCCUCGGUGCUGGACCUCAGUGUCCGGGUAGAACGAUGGGGGUGGAGAUGCUCCCUAGAAGCUUUCCCAGGAGUGUGUCAAAGUUCAGUACACUGUGAUUAUGUAAGACAACUGAGCUCAUAAACAAUUUGGUAUUGGUAACAUUCCUGAUCUUAUACUCCCUGUGAAAUGAAUUCAGUAUCUGGAUGGGCAGGGUAGUUAGAGUCUUAAUUUUCUGCUCCAACCUACUUCUCCAUUCGUAGCUGGCCUCUGUUUUGCAUAAUAGGUAUAUGAUAAAUAAUGUUAACAGCUAAUCUAAAUUUCGUUGCUUGGAUCAUAUUACCUUUUUGGCCACCAGGCUGACAAUGUCACUGGAUAAGCAGCAUGUGCUCAGGCAGGAAGCAAUUAAAAGUGCUGAACAUGGGGAUCUUUUUAUACAAAUGCACAAACUAUGUUUUAAAUAAAGUCGAUAAACAAAGCCAAGUAUAGAAUGACAGAGUCUUUGAAGUAGGUCUAAUGACUGAAUACCUGUCUGGACAUAUAUUUUGAGUGCCCCUGUGACAAAGCACUUGUGAAACUCUUAAAAAGCUAUACAGUGGUACCUCGGGUUAAGUACUUAAUUCGUUCCGGAGGUCCGUUCUUAACCUGAAACUGUUCUUAACCGGAAGCACCACUUUAGCUAAUGGGGCCUCCUGCUGCUGCUGCGCCGCCGGAGCACGAUUUCUGUUCUCAUCCUGAAGCAAAGUUCUUAACCCAAGGUACUAUUUCUGGGUUAGCAGAGUCUGUAACCUGAAGCGUAUGUAACCUGAGGUACCACUGUAUGUGUAUGAACAAGCAUUUCAGAUUUGUGAACUCUGUCCUUCUAGGUUGAACCAGAUGGCACUUACGUGAAACCUCUUAAUGCCAAGUUGACAUAUGGAACCAUGGUAUUCAUCCGAUCAAUUAUCGUUGGGGAUGCUGCUCGCUCUUUAGCCAGAGCUUGCACAAUUGCCAUUCGCUACAGCGCAGUGAGGCACCAGUCUGAACUGAAGCCAGGGUAAGAAGCACGGCUGCUGGAUGAGAGCUCCUGACUCCUGUGGUGAAAUUCUUGAUUAGUGUCCCCAGCACUGUGGGCAGCCUAAAACCCUUAGCAUCCCCUGAGCUUUUACCUUUUCUCACCUGGUAAACAUCAUGUGACACCUAGUCUCUAGCCCUGCUUCCACGCAUAUAGUUUUCCCAAUCCGUAUGUCCUUUCUGCUGAUCUGAUUUUCAGUCACAUCUGUCAACUCUUCAUGAAGAUUUAGUAUAUUUAACCUUCUGCCUUUUAACCACUUUAUUAAAAUUUAAAUAAAUGUGCAUGUAACUCUUUGUUUGCUUUCUGCUGCAGUGAGCCAGAACCUCAGAUCUUGGAUUAUCAGACGCAGCAGUACAAACUCUUCCCUCUUCUGGCAACGGCAUAUGCCUUCCACUUCGUGGGCGCCUACAUGAAAGAUACCUAUCGGCGUAUCACUGGGAACAUCAAUGACGGAGACCUGAGUGAGCUGCCAGAGGUAGUACUCUUGGUCUUAUAAAGCGGGAAGCUGGGCAGUGGAGCCUCUUCUUUCAGUAAAGAUCAGGUUGAAGGUGGCUCCUGGGAGGGAAGGGGCGGGGGUCAAAGGAAGGAGAGUGAGAGAAACAUUACCAAGUGAAUUCACAAAAAUAAAUGGCAUUGCUUCAGUUCCAAGUAUUGUCGCCUAGAUACAAAUAGAAAAUGGGAAAAUAAAACCUAUACAUAUAUAAAUAUUCAGAUUGAGUUUCCUCGUCUAAGAGGAGGAUAUUGUACCUGGAGUUUGCGGGAAGGGGGCCACAAGAUAAAUGUAAUUCUGCUGCUUCUCUCCCCUAUUGUUCUCCAAAAUGGUUGUAGAAUAUGUGCUGCAGCAAAUCUUGCAUUUGUAUAUUGUAUAUUUGUAAAUUUGUAUAUGGGUCACAAGUACUUUUCAACAACAGUGGUAAUAGUUACUGGGCCUGGGGAUCCCAGGGGAAAAGGAAAUCUAGCUAAUAUCAUCCUAGGCAUUUGAAACAUGUGGGCUCCCCCCAGGUCAGUUUUAAGGCUUUAUCUUCCUACCUUCCCACCACUGAAGUCUGGGUGGGGGUGUUAAUGUUGCAGUAAAUGACAAACCUUGCAGAUAACUUGGUUCUUAACUUCUACUUCUUCCCCAGCUGCAUGCAUUAUCUGCAGGGCUAAAGGCUUUCAGUUCCUGGAUUGCCAAUGCAGGCAUUGAGGAAUGUCGAAUGGCGUGUGGUGGGCAUGGCUACUCCCGCUGUAGUGGCCUACCUGACAUUUAUGUCAAUUUCACCCCCUCCUGCACAUAUGAAGGAGAGAACACAGUCAUGAUGCUGCAGACGGCACGGUGAGUGAUGCAGCUUUUCGCUUGUAGCUUGACUUGUUGCAUGUCUUUAGUCAUCUCUUUAAGAGGGACUCGGCAUAGCUCUAAGGAAAUCGCCCUUUCAGUGCAAACAUUUCUGGUUUCCUGAAGGAAUGAUUACCCCUCUCCUCCCCUUGUGCCAGGAAGAUACAGAAAAUACAAGAGUCAUGUCAGUCCAAGAACAAAACUCUAGAAUGUGCAGCUUCCAACCUUAUCAAUGUUUUAUUAGCAAGAGGGGGGCAAAUUACACUGAUUAUUAUCAUGUUGCCUUCCUUCCUGUUUGUACUCUGCAUGUGGCUUUCUCCCAGUCUUCACAUGACUACCGAGUGAAAUCAGUUUGUAAGUUGUUUUAAGCUGCAAUCAGCCGAGUAAUGUAGUGUGCAUUUGUUUGUUUUAUUUUGGCAUCCAGGUUCCUUGUCAAAAGCUAUACCCAAGUUAGUUCUGGACAGCUAGUGAGUGGCAUGAUGUCCUACCUGAAUGACCUACCAGGGCUACGCAUUCAGCCCCAGCAGGUGGCUGCUAGACCCACAGCAGUGCAUCUCAACAAUCCGUCUAGUUUGGUGGAGGCAUAUAAACUGAGAGCUUCUAGGUAAGUUUAUAUAAAAAGUGCAUAAAGUGGAUCAUAAAGUGGAUCAUAGUAACACUGUUGAUUUCUUGAAAUCGAAGAAUGACAUAAUGUGCAGCCAACUUGCAACAUUGCUUUUACUAGUUCGCAGAAUGGCAAACGUAAUUUGCAGCCCGUGACUUGUAGAAUAAACAAAUAUGCUGGUCUUGACGGUGUUCCACAUAAGUGCAAAAGUUAAAAUUGUGCUGCACAGUGUAGCAAAAUGACCUGUGCAACAGGAUAGAAAUUCCUAUGUGGACAGAGAUGAGCGGAAAUGAGCAUGGCCACUAAGUGAAUGGGGAAGUACAUGAGCACAGCACAGCACAUCACAUCACCGUCACUUCAGAGAGCUUAUUUUCAUUCUGCUUUAAACCACCUGAGAGCAGUAUUGGAUGGUGAAUGGGUGCUCCAAUAUUUUUAUUUAUUUUUUUGGAAUAUUUUAUAAUAUUAUAAGAACAACAUAUAAUCAAAUACAGUUUUCCCCUAACACCCCCCCCCAAACAGUCCCAACGACGUCCAUGUAAUUACAUUAGUAAUAUAAUCAAAUAAAAAAUAUUUCUACAGUUGCUGGUUUAAAAAAUAUAAUUCCACAUGCUGCCAUGUGUCUUAGGUGGUUUAAAUGCAUGUUCUUUCUUUGAUGCAUAUGUAAUAAAGGAGGACCACGUUAUGUAAAAGUUAUGUAGUUUCUCACGUUGUUUUCUUUCAUGUACCCUUUCUGUUAACUUUUCCAUCAAAAUUAAUUCCCAGAUAUAAGCAUACCAAACUUCAUAUAGGUUCACGUUUAAUGUCCUCCAGUGUCUCGCAACAGCAAGACGUGAUGCAGUUGUAAGAUGCACAAUUAAGUCUUUGUCUCUCCAAUAUUUUAAAGUCUACCCCAAAUUCAUGUUUGAUAUCUUCUAGGUAGAUUUGGGCAAGUACUUGAAUGUAUAAUUUUGGGGGCUUGUGGUCAUGACAUUUGUUGUUGCUUGUACCAGCUCCUAGGUUCUCUUAGUGUUCCAUUUAAUGGGCUUGAGAGUUCACUCUGCCAACUGUUGGUUUGGUGCUACUUUGAAUAAGCUGUGUUCGUGUCCUUCCUUGGUACAGGCUGGUUGAAUUUGCUGCAAAGAAUUUACAAGCUGAACUGAACCGUAGAAAGAACAAGGAGGAUGCUUGGAACCGGACUUCCGUUGAUCUAGUGCGAGCAUCUGAGGUUAGUUGAACCACUCAAAUACUACUUUUGGAAGCCUUUUGACUGCCCCACAGAAACCUGGAUUCUCACUUGUCCAUUGAAUAUUCCAUUUUAGGCCCACUGUCACUAUGUGGUGGUCAAGCUGUUUACAGCAAAGCUUUCAGAAAUUGGUGACCCAGCUGUUCGUGCUGUCCUUAACAACUUGUGUCUGCUGUAUGCACUCUGUGGGAUCAAUAAGCACAGUGGAGACUUUUUGCAGGUCAGUGACUGAAUUCUAUCUUGAGCCAAAAUGCUCUGCUCUGUUGUUAAUUAAAAAGGGGGGGAGAACCACCUAAUUGAGGCAGCUAGAAUUAAACAGUUCUUGGUGCGGGGAGGGGGAGAACCUUUGGGGUGACGUUUUGGCAAUGGAGCUAAAGGCAAGAUGGGUGGUUAUGGAUAAAGCAGGCCAUACUUUUAAGAUAGAAUUUUCAUGUAUGUUUGCAAAGCAGAGGUGGUUUAGGGGAGCAUAUAAAUAGGUAUGACGACAGAUCUGGGAAAGAUCUCCGCUAUAGAGAACUGCUUCCAGAGUACACAGUACUGGGCUGGAUGAACCCAUAUAAGGCAGCUUCCCACAUUCAUAGCAGGGAACGCCAUACAAGUAUGAUAACCGUGACAGGAGGGAGGGAGAUGCUCAUUUCCAAACAUACUAUCAUCCUUUACUUAGUAUUUAGGUCCCGGUCAGCCUUUGGCUGGCUUGGGCUUCACAUUAGCUUAAUAUCCCCCAGUAUUAAUUGGGAGACACUUUUUUGUGCCAGGAGUCUGUGUGUAUAUAACAUAUUACACUUAUAUAAAAUCAGUCUGUAAAAUUUUUUAGCCUACACUUCUUUUUUACUAGCAUGAAAAGAAGCUAAUAACCUGUUUCCAUGGCGGCUGCAGAGGAGGUUAGCAUGCCUGCCAACCUGAUUCUUGACAGCUUUAUAUUCACCUGUGUAAUCUUGCCCUUCAUGGGCGAUUCAGACUGUAGCUGCAAACCACAAAGUGCUUGGAUCUGUAACUGUGGAUUCCUUUUUGCCUCAGGGAGGCAUUUUGACAGAUGCACAGAUAAUUCAGGUGAACCAGCGCGUGAAGGAGCUCUUGGCAUUAAUCCGUCCCAAUGCAGUCGCUCUAGUGGAUUCGUUUGACUUCCAUGACAACGUUCUUGGAUCUGUGCUUGGCCGAUACGAUGGUAACGUCUAUGAAAACAUGUUUGAGUGGUCAAAGAAAUCACCACUAAAUAAAACACAGGUCAGUAAGUAUUUUAUUCCCUUCCCUAGUAUAUCUACCAAUUGUGAGGCACAGUAAGAAAUGCAGAGUUAUCAAACAAUGGUUUGAAAAGAAAAUCCUGAGGUAAAAUUGUGACCUUUUUCUAUGGUUAAUGUAGUGAUGCAGGCCUCUUGGUGUUAGUAAAAAUAUUUUAAAGUUGCCCCAGGUUGGUUGCUUGAGUUGUGCACCCUGAAUUAAGGAAACUACAAGGUUCACAUCCUAACUAAACCACAAAACAUCAUGAUUGGGGUGGAUAGGCGAGCCCUCUUAUUUCUUCUCAUUUUUCUGCUGCUACCAAACAUCCAAACUCUGACUUAAAAAGGAUCCUAGGCCUUGUUUCACUGUCAUGUGUAGUAGUAAUUAAUAUGGUGCUAUUACCAUUACUGUAGUGAUAAGCUGUGCAUGUAUAUUCUGAAGUACUCAAAAGCUUUGCAGCUCUGUGAGGGAGCUGCAUGGUUCUUGCAGCACAAGAGACGUUAACUUUAAACCAAACACUUAAUAACAACUUAUCUUGUUACUUCUACAGGUCCACGAAUCUUUUCACAAGCACCUGAAGCCAAUGCAAGCCAAGCUGUGAUGGCGUUUGCUGCUCUUAAUGCACUAUUCUCCAGUUCCUGGAAUUGAUGUCAUUUGCCCUAUGAGCACUUGAAUCACUUGGCAAAUCCAAACAGUCAUAGGGUAGUUACUAAUUGUAGCCUUUCUUCCCAAUUUUUAAUAAAUUUUGAAAGGAUUAGAGGGGGGAACACAGGAUUAUAAAAGUGCAAUUGUAAUUAUGCUCAGAAACUAACCUUUUUAAUGAUUCAAAAAAAGCUUUACAGAUUGGUGUGAAGUGUCAAUUUGUGAAGCAGUUUAAACUGCUGCAGAGGCCUGUAUCAUCUAUAGCAGAAUUUUCACUACUAAGUAGUUAUGGAGGUAGCUGCUGGGGAGCAACAGCUUCUCGUCUGGAAACUCCUUUAAAGCUCAAUAUAGUAUUGCACACCUUGUCAGCAUUUAUACCCAAUACAGGUGAGAAUUGUCAGAAUCCUCCACAUUUAUUCUACUUUAGUGAGGUCUCCAAAAGUCUUGUCAGGAACUGGGCUUUGAGGACCCGGUCAGGAAUAUUUUGUGUUCAUCAUAGCUUCCAUACUUUUGUGUACCAGUAAUAAACUCCUGUCAUCAUGGGUUCAAACUCUCAGCAAGAGUCGUCAUCAUCUUGUCUGUUUGUGUGACAGUGCUUUCCCUGACAGCAGCUAGGAGUUCAUCUUCCUCUUUCUCUAGAGCUGUAAAUCAUAACACAUCACCCAUACAACUGCCUCUAAGGCACAGAAGUGUGUUCUGUCUCCCGCAAUUACUAUUUGUUUGUAGUGCUGCCUUUCAUCUAGGACUGUGGUAACAAGGAAUGGAAAAAUGUCAAGGUUCCCUGCUCUUGAGUCUAGAAAGUAAUAAUGGGAAUACUUUUACCUUUGCAGUUCUUAAAAUUUUACACAGUUUCUGAUCUGUAAAGCUUUUAAUAUGCAGCUAGUUGAGAGAGGAAACCUCCUUCACCCCACUUGCCCCAUUUGACCUGAAAGGUGAGCAAGAUCACAGUCUCUGAAACACUUUAAGAGGGAAUGAUUUGUGCCCUCCAUUUUAAUGAAUCAUAGACUUGAUGGGAAUAUGGUCCAAACUUCAAUGAUGGACAGUAGUCUUGUCAGCCUACCUACACAAUCUGGAUCUCGGGGUACCGUAGAGAACAAGAGUACCCAGUAAGGUGCCUUUAGACUAAGUAACUCCAGGUUACUAUACUGUUAGCAGGCUAACAUUUUAGUAUUGUACAGAAAUACGAAAUCAGCGUGACUAAAAAUUGUGGCAAAAUGGUUGGAUUCUGCCUUGUUAAUAUUAUCCUGGCACAUCAAGAUUUAAAGAUCAUCAACUGAGGAACUUGUGAGUUGCCUUCAAUUAUGUUAAAUUGUGUAAGGGGUCAAAACUGGAAUUUCAGAGUUGAUUCUUGGACCAAUUUGAUGCCCCCCAUUCAAGAGCUGAACCUACUGCAAGGCUAUCCUCACACUACAACCUUCAAGCAGGAGAAGCACUGUAUAUUUGAACUGAAUACUGAUUGUAAAAUUUAUGUUAAUGUCUAGCUGCUGAAGCAUUCCAUCUAACAUACCUAAUUACUGUACUGUUAACAAUGUGCAUACUGUGUGCUUCCAAUACCUUGCUGAUUGAAAAAUGAUGCAGUUGGAGAACACCUUAUGUACCCUUAAUAAAUAAAUUCAUUUUAAAACAGUAAAAAUA